UCCGCAGUGCUCGCCCCCGUGUCCUGUGCCUGCGCUCUGCUCGGUUCUCCCGGUACCGCCUCCCUCCCCGGUGAUGCAUUCCGGAGCUGCAGCUGUCCGUGUCCCCUCGCCCGGUCUCCAGCGGUGAACCAUCUCUUCUGUUGAUCAUCCGAUCCCCCUCCAGUACUCGGAACCGGCCCGGUACUGCGUGUCUCAUCUGUCCUGUCCUUCUGUCAUCAUCCUCCCCCGGUCCCGGUGAUGGGGCCCCCGGCGGGCCCCGGGCUGCUGCUGCUUGUCCUCGGAUACCUGCGGAUCAGUUCGGCCAAAUAUGUGCGGGGCAACCUGAGCACCAAGGAGGACUGGGUCUUUCUCACACGCUUCUGCUUUCUGUCAGACUAUGGACGACUUGAGUUCAGAUUUAAAUAUCCGGAGGCUAAGUGCUGCCAGAACAUCCUGCUGUACUUUGACGACCCGUCUCAAUGGCCAGCAGUGUACAAGAAUGGGAACAAGGACUGCCUGAUGAAAGAAUCUGUAAUCCGGCCGGAGAACAACCAAGUCAUCAACCUGACAACGCAGUACGUUUGGUCUGGCUGUCUGGUGACAAAAGAAAAUGGGCAGAACUACUUGAGCUGCAACAGUGGGAGAAGCUUCCGAUCUGGAGAUGGUCUGCAGUUGGAGUAUGAGAUGACACUGACAAAUGGAAAAUCCUUCUGGACGAGACACUUCUCCGCAGAUGAGUUUGGGAUCCUGGAGACGGAUAUCACCUUCCUCCUCAUCUUCGUCCUCAUCCUUCUCCUGUCCUGUUAUUUUGGCUAUAUAUUGCGAGGAAGACAGCUUCUGCACACCACAUACAAGAUGUUCAUGGCAGCAGCUGGAGUAGAAGUCCUCAGCCUGGUGUUCUUCUGUAUAUACUGGGGUCAGUAUGCACAGGAUGGAGUGGGCAGCCCCAGCAUCAAAAUACUAGGUCAGUUCAAUAGUUAUAUAUGGCAUGUAUGGGUGUAAUUUGUAAUCCUUGGAAAAGGAUUUACCGUGACAAGGGGUCGAAUCAGCCACCUUGGAUCUAUUAAGCUGUCAGUUUACAUGACGCUGUACACGGUUACACACACAGUGCUGUUUAUACAUGAGGCUCAGUUCUUUGACCCAGCUCAGGUCCUCUACACAUACGAGUCCCCUGCUGGCUAUGGGAACAUCGCUCUACAGUUUCUGGCCUACAUAUGGUUCUGCUAUGCCGUGCUGGUGACCCUCAAACAUUUCCCAGAAAAACAGGCCUUCUAUGUGCCCUUCUUUGCAGCCUAUACAUUGUGGUUCUUCGCCGUCCCUGUCAUGGCUCUGAUUGCAAACUUUGGGAUUCCAAAGUGGGCCCGUGAGAAGAUCGUCAACGGUAUACAGCUUGGAAUCCAUCUAUAUGCUCACGCCGUUUUCCUGAUAAUCACCAGACCCUCUGCAGCCAAUAAGAACUUCCCCUACCAUGUGCGAACCUCUCAGAUUGGCAUAAUGGAGCAAAACACGGAGAAGUUUCCCCACCACGUCUACGGAAAUGUCACCUUUAUCAGUGACUCUGUUCCUAACGUCACUGAACUUUUCUCUAUUUCCAACAGCAAUGGGAGUGCUGCAGUGAUAAACAAGCCAGUUCAAUAUCCAGUGACCCUGGGACAAUGCUAUUCGCAGCUCACCUCUGACCCACAUCAUGUCUUCAGCCCCCCAUCAAUGAACGGAGCCCCGGGAACCCAGAAAGUACCAGUCGGUGAAACUCAGCUUGGGGGACUUCAGCAACUCCAUGCCCCCCAAAUACACCAUCAGAAUGGAUUCCCUGAAUAUUUUAGCAUACGGUCUGCAGGUCCUCAACCGAUGUAGACCGCCUUGCUGGAAGGACAAUACUGCAGUCCUUGUUGAGCCAAGACGGACCCUUUGGAGUGACCAUGGCCUGACCUUUUGAGCCAGAAUUUAUGUGUGUGUGUGUGUGGCAGUAUAUAAGAUGUAGGAGUAUGUCUGGGUGCGCAAAUGCGUAUGUAAAUGUUUAUAAAGACACAACCAUAUGUACAUAUUUCAUACUCUGUAUGUUGGUGUGUGCAUGUGCAUAGGUAUACCGGAUAUCAAUUAGUUAUGUGCCUAUGUAUGUCAAUAAUAUGUGCCUCUGCCUCAGCUCUUGUCUAUCACAUGACCAAUGUUUUGGUUUCCCAUCAUCCCAUGGGUGCUUUGCUUCAUUGACGCCUAUUCUUUGUUCCCCAUUGCAAAGAUUCUCUGCUUAGCUACCUAAUAUUUCUCUUUCUGUCUGCCGUGUGGUAAAUUCUUGACCCUAGCUCUCUCUAGUUAUCUUCCUUUUCUGUCAAAGCAUACCAUUUUUUUUUUACUACAGUUGCUUAAAGGUAUCCUAUAUUUCUCUAGAACGUAGCUUGCUGGCUACCGUGUUCACUUACUUUAGCUGUAC